GUCGAAGGCAAGGUGACCUGCGGACAUGUCUAACAGGGCAGAAGACGAAUGUGGAGGUGUCAGGUUCUCUAUGACCUUCCCAGGAAGUGUUGCUACAGACAGCAGGCUAGAGACAGUAGAAACUGAGAAUAAGGCAGUAUGCAAAGAGAAACAAACAGAGAACACCUCCUUCAUCAGAAGCUCCUUGGAUCCUGCAGAGGAGUACAAGAUGUGCAACAAACGACGAGGUCUUGCUCUCAUUUUUAAUCAGGAGAGGUUUUUCUGGCGCCUGGGCUUGAAUGACAGAGUUGGAACCAGUGUUGAUCGUUACAACUUGAAGAAAAGCCUGAAGGAUCUAAACUUUGAAGUGAGGUGUUAUGAUAACUACAAGCAGGAGGAUGUCCUAGAUGAAAUCGCCAAAGCUGCAGAGGAAGAUCACUCAGAUGCUGAUUGCUUUUUGCUCGCCUUCCUGAGCCACGGAGAAGAUAACCACGUUUAUUGCUACGAUGGAAAAAUCAGUAUCCAGGACAUGAUGUCCAUGUUCAAAGGAGACAAGUGCCAGGGCCUUGUCGGAAAGCCAAAGAUCUUUAUUAUACAGGCAUGUCGUGGAAAACUGUUUGAUGAAGGAGUUACAGUGACACCUGCUGAUGCGGUGGAUGGCAAAGUGGAGGUGUUUGCAGAUGCCAGUGCCAUACGCACCCUCCCCGCCGGGGCUGAUUUUAUAAUAUGCUCUGCCGUGGCUGAAGGUUACUACUCCUUCCGGGAGACUAAGAAAGGCUCCUGGUACAUCCAGGCUCUGUGUCAGAUGCUCCGAAAAUAUGGCAACUCCCUUGAAUUCACGGAGUUACUCACGCUAGUCAACAGAAAAGUGUCGAUGAAGAACGUUCCAAAAUCCUGUGACCCACAGCUUGUUGGGAAAAAGCAAAUGCCUUGUUUUGCUUCAAUGCUCACUAAGAAACUUUACUUCCGACCAAAACAAUAACAAUGUCUCACCUCAGUCUUUAAAUGAGCUGAUUUAUAUUUUUUAAGUAAAACAGACUUCUGACUACAGAAAACAAAUGAUCUUUUAUAACACUAAUUAGGAGCCUCGAUAUUUCUAGUGACACACAUCUGAUAAAAUCACAGGAACAACCUCUAGACAUAUGUAUUAUAGAGGUACAUCUAUGCUAUUUUACUUAAUGGUUACAACUAUAACUGUCUCCUGAGUAACUAAACUGCCACUUAAAGUACUGAUUUUAAAGGGAAAGUUCACCUCAUAUACAGUUGUAUGUAAUUCAGGCCUGGGGUGCUUUUACCCCACUUGAUUGCUUUAGUUAGUUACACAGUUUGGUGAUAUCAGCUGUUGAAAUGUUUCUCUACUUGAAUUUAACAGAACUAAAUGAAAUGUAAAACCCAGAAGCAAUGUCUUUUUCCAGAAAUUCAUAUAAGAACUGUUUUCUCUUUAACUGUUUGUAGAAGCAAGAAUGUAUCAACCUGUGGCAGCAUGAUGGGAUGUUCAAGUUAAAGGUGUCCCAGCCAGCUGAGAUGUAGUGAAACUAACCGCAUGUUUCUCUUGGUUGUUUGAGUUAAUUCCAUAGAAAUAAAAUAGUUUCUAAAUGUAAUUCUUCAUUUUAAUCCUUUAGGCAUCACAGGACAAACUGGCAUUUAGUUCCAUUAUAUCAAAGAGGAGGCACACAUUUCUACAAAUGGUGUCUCAGAAACUGAUCAACUAGCACCAAAACAAUGGAGAUAAAUGCCACUAGAGGAAUAUGACAUACAUUUGAUUUUGGGGUGAACUGUUCCUUUAACUUUCUUAAUGAAGCUGUUUGUUUUGUAAGAAGGAAACAAGUUUGUCAAAAUAAGCAAAAUUAAAACUUCUGUCAUUUUUUUUAAAUACUGUAAAGCCAUUGUGUUGAAUUACAUUAAAACUACAGAAUCAUUAUGGACCACAGUCUUCGCUGGCUACUUUGUAAAAUUACUGAAAUUACUCUAGCAGCACAGAAUGAUGCCUUACUGCACAGAAAUGCAUUCACGUGGCCUUAUUUGAUAUCAGGUUCAAAACACAUACUCAGCUGCCUUGCACGGACAAGUUUUCACUGGAAAGUCAGGGAGUCUGGUUUGCUUGAUCUCACCAGCCAGUUGUUUUCCAACUUAUCAUGAGAGGCAGAUGACGUGAUAGCUUAGCAAUCAGGAAGGAAGGGAAAAAAAUGACAAAAUCUGGAUUUUUAUACUCAGCAGUUUCAUUCUUACUUAUCUCACUCUAAGCCUCAGGGUGCCAGUAACACUAACAAGCUAUCCAGGCACUACAUAAUCGGAGAGUUUCCUCAAGCUUACUACUUGAGGAUUUGAAUUCAUGUUCUGUCAGUAAUUUAUGGUACAUGUACUAAUGUGCAUUUGCACCUCAGUGAUCACACUAGCAUGAAAAGUAAGAGGCUGUGUUUUUUUUAAAAGUUGUACUCUUGUCAAAAACACUUGUGGUCAUACUUUUGUGAACCAAUGAGAUUUUAGUUAUGGCUUUGCCAUCGUUAAUUUUGUUUUAAAUAAAAAUCUCCAUUGUUUUUGUGA